GGUGGUACUGUACAGCAGGAGGAGCCAAACUGUAACUGACGGGGAAGUGAAAAAGUUUUAAAAAGGGAAAGAAAUGCGACAAAUCACCCCAGGGAAGCUGGUUACCAGCUCCUAGAAGUCUGUAUUAAUACACGGUAAGCGACGUCAAUGGUCGGAUGAGGUGGACAGAAUGCCAACUGUGGGAGGAGUGAGAAGUGAGGAAAGGGCGGAACGAGGGAUAGACCGACCCAUAUGCUAGUUGGCUUUUCGAACCUUUAAAAGUCCAGUUUGGUUCAAUAUCCACUUCCAUUAAUUCUGUGAUUGUAACUUGAAGAUCAAGUGCCCUCCUAAAGGCUCUGCCAAAAGUUGUCCUCAGCUAUGUCACAGUUCGAAAACAUCAAGAACAUGAAUGGACAGAAGUCAACUAACAUCGUUUUUCAGGCCCACCAUGUUAGCAGAAGUAAGAGAGGUCAGGUUGUUGGUACAAGGGGUGGAUUUCGUGGUUGUACUGUUUGGUUAACAGGUUAUUCUGGUGCUGGUAAGACAACUAUUGGUUUUGCCUUGGAAGAGUAUCUUGUGUCCCAUCAAAUUCCUUGUUACUCCCUUGAUGGAGACAACAUCCGUCAUGGGUUGAACAAAAACUUAGGCUUCUCUUCUACUGAUCGAGAAGAAAACAUCCGUCGUAUUGCUGAAGUGGCCAGAUUGUUUGCUGAUGCUGGUCUUAUCUGCGUUACGAGUUUUAUAUCCCCUUUUACAAAGGAUCGUGAAAAUGCAAGAAAAAUUCAUCAAAAUGCUGGACUUCCAUUUUUUGAAAUAUUUAUAGAUGCGCCUCUUGACAUAUGUGAAAGUAGGGAUGUGAAAGGUCUAUAUAAGAAAGCACGUGCUGGAGAGAUUAAAGGAUUUACUGGCAUUGAUUCUGUUUAUGAGAAACCAGAAGCUCCAGAGCUCGUUUUGAAGACGGAUAUUUCAUCUGUAAACGAAUGCAUUCAGCAAGUGGUGGAAUUACUUCAGGAACAUGGUGUUUUCCCUUCUUCUGCAACUGAGGAGAUAAACGAACUUUUUGUCCCAGAAAAUAAGCUUAAUGAUGCACAAAGAGAGAUAGAAACAUUACCCACAUUGCCAAUUUCUCAGCUGGAUUUGCAGUGGGUUCAGAUACUUUCAGAAGGCUGGGCUUCACCUCUCAAAGGUUUUAUGCGUGAGAGAGAAUAUCUUCAGGUCCUGCACUUUGGAACAUUGAUGGAUGGUGGAGUAAUUAACCUGAGCAUUCCAGUUGUACUUCCUGUUGAAACGGAGCAUAAGGAGCGGUUAUGUGAAUAUAAAGCUUUUGCCCUUGAGUGUUUAGGUCGCCGAGUUGCCAUUCUGAGAAAUCCAGAGUUCUAUGACCACAGAAAAGAAGAGCGCUGUGCUCGUCAGUGGGGAACCACCUGUGUGAAGCAUCCAUACAUAAAGAUGGUCAUGGAAUGUGGUGAUUGGCUAGUUGGUGGAGAUCUAGAGGUGCUGGAAAAAAUAAAGUGGAAUGAUGGGCUGGAUCAGUACCGCUUGACUCCUUUGCAACUUAAACAAAAAUUCAAAGAAAUGAAUGCUGAUGCUGUGUUUGCAUUCCAGUUGCGCAACCCCAUUCAUAAUGGGCAUGCUCUGUUAAUGCAGGACACCAACCGGCGCUUAUUGGAAAGGGGUUACAAACGCCCUGUCCUUCUCUUGCAUCCUCUGGGAGGAUGGACUAAAGAUGAUGAUGUGCCUCUUGACUGGAGGAUGAAGCAGCAUGCAGCCGUUCUAGAAGAAGGUGUAUUAGACCCAAAGAAAACAAUCAUUGCCAUCUUUCCUUCUCCAAUGAUGUAUGCUGGACCAACAGAGGUCCAGUGGCAUUGCAGAUGCCGAAUGAUUGCUGGGGCCCAGUUCUAUAUUGUAGGUCGUGAUCCUGCUGGCAUGCCUCACCCAGACACAAAAGUUGACUUGUAUGAACCAACACAUGGAGGUAAAGUCCUAAGUAUGGCACCAGGCCUGACAUCUGUGGAAAUCAUCCCAUUCAGAGUAGCUGCAUACAACAAAGUUAAGAAGGCCAUGGACUUCUAUAACCCACAGAGGCAGAAUGAAUUUGACUUCAUAUCAGGCACUCGUAUGAGGAAGCUGGCUCGUGAUGGCGAGAACCCACCUGAUGGCUUCAUGGCGCCUAAGGCAUGGAAGGUCCUUACAGAAUACUACAGAUCCCUAGGAAAGAACUGAAGUCUUUGUUUUUAGAGAGAGUGUUGGGAAGGGCACUCAACUUCUCAUGUGUCCUUCAUUUCAGUUUUCAUUAUAGAAUUAUGGUACAGAGUAGCUAAUUUAAAACAAAUAUGUUCUUACAUACUGAAGUUUUCCUUGUGCUAUACUACUAAUGCAGGAAUGAACUGUACCUUAGAACAGUCACUACCAGAGUCUAGGAAUGUGGCAGUUAUUUUCGAUAACAUGUCAUUUGCAUAUUGCUGCUGAAGCCAAAUGAUGGACAGACUGUUUAUCCUUCAUCCUGCUGUGUGCACCCAAAAGGCUAGCAUGCUAGCCAAUCAAAUAUCAUGCAUACAGCCAAAAAGUUAGCAUGCCAGACCGUCAAAAAUUGUGACACUCGAAGAUACUGCCGGCAUUUGGCCAAGAUGCUGGUCCUUUUUAUAUUAGAUGGAAACAGUGUAGGGGUACACAGUGACCAUGCUUAGUCAAAUCACAGAAGUUAAUUGUUCCCAUGAAAAUAUUUUCUCAUGAGUCAUGACUUUUGAUUUGCUGGCUUGUAACCCAGCCUGAGGUAAUAAUUACAGAAAAGGUAUCAUGAAUGCUGGCCUUUAACUUAGACAGGAGUAAUAAUUAAAAUGGGACCAUUGAAAUCUCUUACAUUCCAAAUACAUUUUUUACUGUGUUAAACUGAUUUUAUUCAGUACACAUAAAAGUGUAGCAUAACCAUUGACAUAUUUAUUCUGAUCUGUGAAGACUUAUUUUAGGAUUCUUUUUAUUGUUACUUUAUAUCCAGAUCCUAAAGCAAGACUACAUCUAUACAUGUAGUGUAAUUGAGUCCAUGCAUUUUUACUGCCAUUUGAAGCACACUAACAGCAGAAUGAGUAAUGUACACUUAACUCCAUGUUUUGAAACACACUGCUGUUAGCUGUAGCCAGUAGUACAUAAACACAUGUGCAAACACACGAGCUAUAACUAAUCUUAAGACAACUGUGCAGAGAAUAAAUGAUGUUCAUCGUGUUACCCUGCUGCAGUCAUCACACUUGGGUUAUCCUGCCUUCAGGCGGUCCCGCAGUCAGCCUGA